AUGCCUCCAGAACAGUCCUCUACCUACAUCGAGCCAGAUGUCUCGGACGCAGACUCCGCAGUCCCUGACACAGCAUCAACAGCCUACACCGAGUCCCUACGCUCUAGUCUGCUCCAAAGCGUCCGCGAAAAUGGUCGCGGAUACCACAAAUACUCCUCCUCGACGUACUUCGUCCCAGAAGACGAGCAAGAGCAGGAGCGACUGGACAUGCAGCACGAAAUCUGCCUGAUGACCACAAACCGCAAAUUAUACCUCGCCCCCCUGCCUAAAGACGUCCCAAACGUACUAGACCUAGGCACGGGUACAGGUAUCUGGGCUAUUGACUUUGCAGACCAGAACCCCGGCUCGAGUGUCAUCGGCACCGAUCUGAGCCCGAUCCAGCCGUCGUGGAUUCCGCCGAAUCUCAAAUUCGAGAUAGACGAUUAUGAACAGCCCUGGACGUUUCCGACCAAAUUCGACUAUGUGCAUGCGCGCAUGCUGACGGGGUCAAUUGCGGAUCCGGACAAGUUCUUUGCCCAGGCGUAUGAUAAUCUCCAGCCUGGUGGGUGGUUUGAAUUAAUGGACUUUGCGUUCCCGGUGACUUCGGAUGAUGGGACUAUGGAGGGGACGCCGUAUGAGACGUUGAAUAAGACGAUGGUCGAGGGGUUGAGAAGAGUUGGACGCGACGCUGCGGUGCCGAAUCGAUAUAAAGAGUUGUUGACGGGCGCUGGGUUUGAGAAUAUCACGGAGGUGAGGUACAAGUGGCCGCAGAAUGUCUGGCCCAAGGAUAAGCAUCUCAAGAAGAUCGGGGAGUGGAAUAUGGUGAAUACGCUUGAUGGGCUGUAUGGAUUUGCGGCCCGGCUGUGUAUCCAGGUUAUGGGGAUGACGCCUGAGGAGCUGGAGGUUCUGCUGGCGGCUUGUCGCAAGGAUAUAACCAAUCCGAAGAUUCACAGUUAUUGGUCUAUUGUCGUGGCAUAUGGACAGAAGCCACUCGAGCCUACUACAGCGGCGUAA